AUGUACAGAAGUGUUUUGUUUAGCAGGUUGUUUGUAAGACAAUAUAAAAAUGACUUAAAACAAAUAUUAGAAUCAAGGAAAUGCUUUUCAAACGACUUUUAUACCAAAAAUAACUUUAUAAGACAAAUAUCUACAUCAUGCAUAACAUUGAAGAAAAGAAAAUCAAUUGAGGAGAGGCAUAUAGAAAACCAAGGCAGAAGGGUCAUCAGGUAUUCUCCUAAGGCUGGUUCGGAAGUGGUUGGGAUAUGGAAGAACAUGACUGUCAAGGAGAUAUCUGAAGUACUUCAGAAGGAUGUUGAACACGUUUACAAUGCAUUGCAGUUUGCAGACAAGAACUCUGAAGUUGUUUAUAAGGAGGACACUGUGAUAACCAAUCCACAAAUAGUCAGGGAUGUGGUGAAGAUAUCUGGAUAUAGAUUUAAAAUAGUUCCUCGACCUGAUGAAGAGAAUGAUGAGGAAAUUGACAAAGAUGCGUAUCCCGCCCCCCCUGCCCCGGCCGAAGCCCUAAAACCUCGCCCGCCUGUAGUGUGUGUCAUGGGUCAUGUAGAUCAUGGGAAAACCACACUACUAGACUCUCUUAGAGAUACCUCAGUAGUCGAUUCAGAGUUUGGAGGCAUCACACAACAUAUCGGUGCAUUUGAAGUGAAGCUGUCUUCGGGUGAUAAGGUAACAUUCCUGGACACUCCGGGUCACGCGGCCUUCACAGCCAUGAGGUCCCGCGGCGCGAGGGGCGCGGAUAUAGUGGUGUUAGUAGUAGCAGGGGAUGAUGGUGUUAUGGAACAGACCGUGGAGAGUGUUAGAAUGGCCAGGGAGGCCGACGUGCCAAUCUUGGUGGCGAUCAAUAAGAUGGACAAGCCGGGUGUUAACAUUGAGAAAACUCUGCAGUCGCUGGCUCAGCACGGUAUAGUGUGUGAGGCGCUAGGUGGAGAUGUUCAGGCUAUACCGAUAUCUGCGUUGAAGAAACAGAAUUUGGAUACAUUAGUUGAGGCGCUCAUACUACAGGCACAGCUUAUGGAACUAAAGGCGGACCCCGGGGGGGCGGUGGAGGGGGUCGUUAUUGAAGCUCUAGUGGACCCACGGACUGGUAAGCAAGCGACUGUGUUGGUACAACGAGGGUCGCUGAGGAAAGGAGCCGUGCUAGUUGCGGGGCAGGGAUGGGCGAAGGUCCGUCUCCUCCAGUCGUCUGAAGGCCUGCCCACAGACGUCGCGCCGCCCUCGACCCCCGUCCGUGUGCUCGGCUGGAGGGAGAUGCCCUCCGCCGGGGACUACGUCAUUGAGGUCGACUCAGAGAAAAGAGCCAACGAGGUUAUGAAGUGGCGCAGCAACCAACGUAUGAAGGAAAAGCAAGCCGAGGACAGUGAGGCGAUAUCAAUUAAGGAGAGCACCCACCGCGAACAGUACCGGAGACAACUAGCGGCGAAGAGGGCGGCCGGCAGAAUGAGGAGCAGGCAGGAGGGACCGAGACAGAAGAUGAUACAGGAGGGAGGGGAGCCUGCCAUACACGUGCUAGUUAAAGGUGACGUGGACGGGUCUGUGGAGGCUCUGCUGGACAUUCUAGAAACGUACGACGACAGUCGCGUGAAGUUGGAACUCGUGCACUACGGGGUGGGGCAAGUGACGCCCGGAGAUAUAGAGAUAGCCCAGGCGUUCGACGCUGUAAUAUACGCGUUCAACGUGGAGGUGCCGCCACCUAUCGCCGUUGAAGCCAAGAACAAUAACAUAAAGAUAAAGAGACACAACGUUAUAUACAAACUAGUGGACGACAUCAAGAGCGAGGUCAGCGCCCGGAUACCCACCACGCUCACCGAGGAAGUCGUGGGUGAAGCGAAUGUUUUGCAGCAGUUCCUAGUGGGUGACGGUCGUCGGAAGGUGCCGGUGGCCGGGUGCCGCUGUGUGAGAGGAGUGCUGCAGCGAUCGGCGCUAUACAGACUUAUAAGGGGACAGGAGAUAGUUUAUGAGGGUAAACUAGCAUCAAUGAAACACCUCAAGGACGAAGUGACCACUAUAAAAAGAGACAUGGAGUGUGGGUUAAGAUUAGAAGACCCGACAGUCACCUUGCAGCCCGGAGACACUAUACAGUGUUAUAAAAUGGUUGAGGAAACACACUCUACCAGCUGGGACCCCGGCUUCUAG